AAAAAACGUUAAAUAAGAAGUAAACUGGCCAUGCUAGUUAUAGCCGGUUAGCGAGCAGUGCCAGCGCGGAUGGACAACCUCUGUUCGCCGCUUGGGCUGGUUCUGGAUCAGCUAUUGUUAGCAGGUCGGUUAGCCGCCUCUUUUUAAUGACGAUAAUGACAGGGUAACAAAUGCGGUCAUCUGUUGCUCCAUCACAACCUAGAGAUUUGAAAAGCACUAGGAGCAAGGAAAAUGUGGGCUUUUGUUUUAUGGUGAGAUGUUUUGAUGCUCAGGGCUCACUAGGCGCUCCACCACAUAGCAUCAUUUUAACGAGAUUUGUAUUGUUCCGCACCGUUUUAUUAUUACCCCAUCAUCCUGGGUAUUCAGCUGUCAGCUGGCUGUGAUUGAAUACGACUGCAUUGACCCCUUUUUACAUCAAGGCAGAUGACUGCUAUUAUGGUGCUGGGUAAGGUUUUCCAUCGAGAUCGCUAGAAAAAACCUUUAUACCAGCCUCUUCCCACGGAUAACAUGAUCUUCCGUCGAGCUUAGUGGGAUGCCCGAGGUUUGCUGGCGUUAUGACGUUACCGGGAGGGGUGGUGCUCCUGCGGGGUUACAGCUGAUGGAGAGGAGUCCCUCCUCCUCUCACACUCGCUGCCAGGAUCGGAUGAUGAGGACGCAGCACGACGGCAGCGACACACAAGAGGCGCCGGGAUUGUAUGCAAGCCGCAGGACAUGCUGAGCGGACGUUUAUGCGGUUUACGUGCGUUUCUUUCUGGAUCUCCAGUCAUGACAAGUGCCUUCCCAACACGGAUUUUCCAACUUUUCUGACAUUAUUCGGACCCUCAGAGAGGUUUUCACUGAUGUCCAGGGACUCGCAUAUACUAUGCACCAUUGCUGUUUCAUGCUCAUCACAGAACCUGUAACCUCAGCACGGGACUCUUGAAGGGAGGACCCUCAUUCCCACAACCACCCACAAGGUUGCUUCCCCUCGCACAACGUAGGGAUGUUCGCCUCCGUGGAGCACGGUCCGGUCCUCUGCAGCGACUCCAACAUCUUGUGCCUGUCCUGGAAGGGCCGCGUGCCCAAGAGCGAGAAGGAGAAGCCGGUAUGCCGGAAGCGCUACUAUGAGGAGGGCUGGCUGGCCACUGGGAACGGCCGGGGGGUCGUUGGCGUCACGUUUACAUCCAGUCAUUGCCGGCGGGACCGGCCCACCCCACAGAGGGUCAACUUCAACCUCAGAGGGCACAACAGCGAGGUGGUCCUGGUGCGAUGGAACGAGCCAUUCCAGAAACUGGCCACAUGCGAUACAGAUGGUGGGAUUUUUGUUUGGAUCCAGUAUGAGGGCCGCUGGUCUGUGGAGCUAGUCAAUGACCGUGGAGCUCAGGUCAGUGACUUCACAUGGUCACAUGACGGCACUCAGGCGCUCAUCUCCUACCGCGAUGGCUUUGUGCUGGUGGGCUCCGUCAGCGGGCAAAGGCACUGGUCCUCUGAGAUCAACCUCGAGAGUCAAAUCACAUGCGGUAUCUGGACACCUGAUGACCAGCAGGUUUUGUUUGGUACUGCCGAUGGACAGGUGAUAGUGAUGGACUGCCACGGGCGCAUGCUGGCCCACAUUCUGCUGCACGAGUCGGACGGCAUCCUCAGCAUGUCAUGGAACUACCCCAGCUUCCUGGUGGAGGACAGCAGCGAGAGCGACACAGAUUCUGACGACUACCCCCCACAGCAAGUGCACAGCCACAAACCUUUGCUGACAGUUAGCUUCACCUCCGGAGACAUUAGCCUGAUGAACAACUACGAUGACCUCUCGCCCACCCUCAUCCGCACUGGCCUGAAAGAUGUAGUCGCCCAGUGGUGCUCUCAAGGAGACCUUCUGUCAGUGGCUGGCAUGGAGAGGACACUCCUUCCCCAUGAUCCAUCUUGCCCCCCUCCCACCAGGAAUGCCAUAGUAAAGUUCUUUAAUGUCCGGGGUGAACACAUAUACACACUGGAAACACCAGCACAGCGACCCAUUACUACCCUCUGCUGGGGCCACCGUGACUCCCGUCUCUUCCUGGCGUGCGGCCCGGCACUCUACGUGGUGCGUGUGGAACACCGCAUCGCAAAUCUGCAGCUCCUCUGCCAGCAGGGCAUCGCCACGGCGGUGAAGGAGGAAAAGGACGUCGCCAAGCUCACCAUUCCGUCACGUCUCUGUUCCUACGUCACUUCCGCUUUUAUCCCCACAAUCAAGCAGCCCAUUCCAGACCCCAACAACAUGCGUGACUUUGUGAGCUACCCAACAGCUGGUAACGAGCGUCUGCAUUGUACAAUGAAGCGUACGGAGGAUAACCCAGAGGUGGGGGGUCCGUGCUACACUCUCUACUUGGAGUACUUAGGAGGCCUGGUACCCAUACUUAAAGGCCGACGAAUAAGUAAAUUGCGCCCGGAAUUUGUCAUUAUGGACCCCAAGACGGAUGGAAAAACUGAUGAAAUAUAUGGCAACAGCCUGAUAUCGGCAAUGAUUGACAGCUGUAACUGCUCAGACUCCAGUGACAUUGAGCUAAGUGAUGACUGGGUCGGCAAGAAAUCUCCAAAGAUAUCACGGGGCAGUAAAUCCCCCAAACUUCCCAGAGACUUAGUUUGUCCCUUUACCAACAGAAUCAACAUUGAUCCCAGGAAAUCGCCCAAACUGUCUCGUACUUCCCAGGAAGUUUCAAGGUCACCACGGCUACCCAUUCGCAAACCAUCCAUUGGGUCGCCCAGUUUAACACGGAGAGAAUUUCCGUUAGAUGACAUUACUCAGCAAAACUACCUUGCUCAGGUCACAUCAAAUAUUUGGGGAACAAAAUUCAAGAUUGUUGGGCUCUCAGCAUUUUUGCCAACAAACCUCGGUGCAGUCAUCUACAAAACCAGCCUCCUCCACCUGCAGCCCAGACAGAUGACAAUCUACCUACCAGAGGUGCGCAAGAUCUCCAUGGAGUACAUCAACUUGCCCGUUUUCAGCCCUAAUGUCUUCAGCGAGGAUGAAGAUGACCUCCCUGUCUCAGGCCCUGCCAGUGGCGCAGACGACAACCCGCCAUGCACCGUCAACAUUCCCAUUGCGCCGAUCCACAGUCCUGCUCAGGCCAUGUCCCCUGCCCAGAGUAUUGGCCUUGUCCAAUCCUUGCUAGCCAAUCAAAAUGUUCAACUGGAUGUUUUAACCAACCCCACGGCAACCUCACCGGGAGCAGCUGCUGUUUCUGCUGCUGCUACUGCUGCUGGUUCCGACCAAAGCCAAGACACUGUCCUUACAGCUCAGUACACAGUCCCCACCCGAUACUCCAGUCCUGGUCAGGUCAUAUUUGGAGGGCUUGACAUGACGCGCCUCACUGUUGGAGCUGCACAAUCUCAUCAGCCUUCACAGCAACAACAACAGCAGCAACAGCUGCAUUUACAACAACUCCAACAUCAUCAACAACUACAGCAACAACAACAAUUACAGCACCAACAGCAGAUGAUCCAGCAACAGCAGCAUCAGCAACAACAACUACAGCUACAGCAGCAGCAACAGCAACAACUGCAGCUACAGCAGCAGCAACAACAACUACACAUACAGCAGCAGCAGCAGCUUCAGCAGCAGCUCCAACAUAUGCAGCAGCAGCAGCAACAACAUCAGCAGCAACAGCUCCAACAACACUUACUGCAACAGCAGCUGCAACACCACCACCAACAACAACAGCAGCAACAGCUUCACAUUCAAGUACCUAUGCCCUCCAUGCCAUUGGCACAGACUUCAGGAGCGACCAUGCUCCCGACUGGCGCGCUGCAGAUCCAGAUCCCUCAUCCGCCGCCGGAUCUCCUUGUCGAGAGAGGAGCCGCAGGUGAACACGAGCCCCUCCUGAAAAUUAAAACCACACGUUCAGGUCCGCAACUGGCCGAGGCUGACACGUUGGUGUUCAGUGCGCCGCUUGAGUUAAGUAAAAUGAAUCCCCCGCCUCCCUAUCCGGGAACUGUGGCUGCUGCAGUGGCGGCAGCUGCAGCGGCCGCUUCCAUGUCAGCUUCCGGUGCACCCUCAAGUGGCUCAUCAGGGACAGCAGGGGGCGCCACUGGAACACCACCACCAGCUGAUCUCUGUGCAAAGAAGGGAGACAUAACUCUUUAUUCCCUUAAUCAGCAACAAGGCCAGUACCCGACACCACUGGGCUAUGAGAGAAUCACCACCUUUGACAGCAGCGGUAACGUGGAGGAAGUGUGUCGUCCCCGUUCCCGUCUUGUUUGUAAUCAGAACGUCUACAAUUUGCAGGGACCCGGAAGCUCCGCCACCCUCAGGGUCACCUCUUCAUCCUCAUCUUCCUCUGCAGAAGGCAAGAAGAUCCAACUGCCAUACAGCUCUGCAACGCUCAACAGGCUUACCGCACCUCGCUAUUCCAUACCAAGUGGAGACCCUCCCCCGUAUCCGGACCCUGCAAAUCAGAACAGCAGCAGGAAUUCCGGACAGAAGCUUGACAGUAAUCUCAUCCACAACACUCUAAGGAGGAAUAGCCGAGAGGCAACCCUCAAAGUGUCCCAAAUGAUGGAACCUCCGAGGCCACUGCCACCUAAAGCUAAAAAUAACAGUGCACUAGCGGCCUCCUACCAGCAACGUGUUCAAACAGCCUUAUACACGUGCAGUCAGUGUAGCAGUGGUUCCAGCAUUGGAGUCACAGCUCCAGGCAGCGCCAACGGAAUAGCAGGAGGUACCAUAAUCAGACAGGAUUUUCCUCCAGGGAACGGAGCGCCGCACAGCACAGUUAUUGUACACUCUAACAGCGGCACCCCUCUGGCCUCGCAGUCCUCUUACAGCCUGCUCAGCUCACUUGAAGGAUCUGGACCCGCAGCCGGAGGAGGCAGCAGCAGAGACCAUGUCGAUUAUGUUAAUUCAGCAUUUACUGAAGACGAAACGCUCAAUCAUUCCCUCAGGCAUUUGGCUUUAGGAGGAAAUGAUACAACGGGCCUGAUCGUUAAACGGCCCCCACCCUAUCAGUGGGAACCUGCCACCACAGAGGAAGUGUGGGUCCCUCAGGAAAGGACCGCAACGCUCAACCCCGCCGCUCAUCCUGCACCCCACAAGCCACCCCCGCUUCUCCUUAGCCCGACUCAGCACUUAGACGUGUCCAGGCUGCCUUAUGUGUUGUCUCCAAAGUCUCCCACAACCCCCGGCGCUGUGUCUUUCCAAGCAGCCGCCGGCUACCAAAUUUCUCUCCAGUAUCCUUCCGUCACUGCCUACCCCGGAGCGCAGCUUCAACCAAUCCUAACGUCACCACGCCCUUGUUCCUCUCCAAAGGAAGUGGUGGCACCCGUGUCUCUGUCACAACAGGACGCAACCAUCGUUUUACCUGCUGGUUAUCCUGCCAGUCUACCCAACCUGGCAUGCUGUCCUCUACCACCUAUGUAUCCCUCAGGAAGUGCAUGUGCAGGGCUUCCCAUUCCUCCCAUCGCCCUCCAUACACCAUGGGGUACGUAUAACUCAUGUCCCCCUGUAGCCAGUCCUGCUGUGCCUCUACCACCCAAGGCUUCCCAUAUGGCAUUAGAUAAAAAUGCUCUUUCACCACCACCGCCGCCUCCACCUCCUCCACCACCGCCACCGCAGCCACCACACACAGAACUGCAGAACCACACAGGGUUGCAAGAAGCCAUGGCAGAAACCGGGGAUGGUUUCCAAGAAGUGCUGUCCUUAGCCGAGAGCCCAGUGCCUCCUCGGUCUGAAAAGUUCAACAAAAAGAACCGCAAGAGGGCGGACGGACGGACGGAGGAGGCCAAUGUGCCACCUUUGGCUGAAGGGAGCAAGUCCAAGAAGGAGGGCAGGUCACUGGGGGACUUCAACUCCCUCAUCUCCAGUCCACGGUUGGGAGGGAGGGACAAGAAAAAGAUGAAAGGACCGAAGGAGCAGCUUAAGGCGAAGAAGAUGAGUAAGGCCGCAGCAAACAGCGAGUUUCAGGACAGCUCAGAGAGCGAGCCGGAGCUUUUCAUAAGCGGGGACGAGCUGCUCAACCAGUGCCAGAGCGGGAAGAAAGGUUGGAAGACAAAGAGGAACCUCAGGGCGGCCAGCGAACUGGAGGAGAUGAAGUGUCGCAAGGCCAAUGAGAAGGAGGACCGAGGUCUGGGCAGCCAGGGCUUUGUUUACGUUAUGGCCAAUAAGCAGCCAUUGUGGAAUGAGGCCACACAGGUGUAUCAGCUGGACUUCGGCGGACGUGUCACACAGGAGUCCGCCAAGAACUUUCAAAUAGAACUUGAGGGCAGACAGGUGAUGCAAUUCGGUCGCAUAGACGGCAAUGCCUACAUCCUGGACUUUCAGUAUCCCUUCUCCGCCGUGCAGGCCUUCGCGGUGGCUUUGGCAAACGUCACGCAACGCCUCAAAUGAGACACCACCCUGCCACGUGUGGGAUUGAAGGAAGCCACUGUUUUUUCCACAGUGAUGCUCUCUGGCUUGACAGAAAAGACACGAAGGGAGCGAUCCGAUCCCACUGCACUACACGAUGCUGCCACUUGAGUUGCGGGUGCCGAGCCAGCAAUUUAGCGCUGCGCUUCUGGCAACCGUCAUGCAAAUAAACGCUGCUCUAGUUAGUCGAGUCGACGCUUUUAGACGACUGAGAGAAAACUGUCAAUGUGCAGUUUGGAUGAGAUUUGUUUUUUUUGAUUGAAAAGGAAGCAGCAGUAAUACUUGAAAACUACACUCUGGUGAUAGGUUGUUUUUCCCCAGAGCACACGCAGGUACUACUGGCCACUCAAAUCCAUUGCUGUACAACACACCACUAGUUGACAUUGCUUUUGCUUUUCAGGGUGGUGGUGACACAAAAUGGUGGACGGUCGGCUUUUGUUUUUGCUCUCUGCCAUUCCUUUCGCUACUGUCAGUUCGCACGUCCUGCGUGUGAGCGGUGGCAUUGAAAUAUGAGAAUCCUUUUUUUUUUGUAAACGCUCCAUUGAAGGAUAAACAAACAAGGAUUAAGUUAUACGUACUGUACAUUUUGAAUCGUUGCCAUUGUUUGUACAAUGUGUGUAAUCGCCCCAUCCUGUCAGCACACAUGGCUUCCAUUCAGGAAACAAAGUUGUGAUAUUUUCUUCUACUGACGUUACUCUGACGUCAGCCAUGGCACCUGUUGUCACUUCUGUGAAGUGCGUGAUCAGCGUGGGGCCUUUCCCGCCUCCAUCCCUACUCUUUAACACCACAGUUAAACGAGGUGCAGGGAAUAUUUUUCUACAUUUCUCCCACAAUCUCCUCAGACAACAGACAUAUCAGUCAUUAAAAUAUGAUAGCUGAUUUUUUGGGGGGUUGUAAUCAAGAGACUUGGGUGACUCUGCCACUGUGUUUAAUGCUGUAAUACUGUUCAACGCAAAAAAUGGAUAUCCUAUUUUGCUGAUUUAAAAAAAGUCAUAACACCAAUGAAGGAUGAAGCCAGUGGGUCGAAUCUCCAGAUAGGGUUUGUCACUUGUCAUUUACUGUACAACAACAUAACAGUAUGCUCUGUUUAAAAAAUUGGAAAUAGUAAAGUAAGCUCAAAAUUUAAUAAAAAUAAACUCGUACAAUUUUUUUUUUUUAAUAAACUAAAGAUGAUAAAGAUAUCAAUAUUUGCUCAUGAAAAGCCCUCUGCUUUAAUUUUUUUCUUCUUGAAGAUGAUGAUUGCAUUUUAUAAUAUAGUAAUGCAACUUGUUUUUUCUGGUAUCCAUCCUGUUUUAAUAUAAUACCUUGAACCCCUCCCCAAGAAUAUUACAACAGUUUCUAAAAUUACGAGUUUCUUCUAAUAUUACAGUGGAAAUUUUACUUUUUUUUUCAACUCAAGUGGUUUUAAAAUUAAGACAUUUGUUCAAGAAUAUUGCAAAAAAUAUUGAUGUUAGUUCUGCAUUUGGUAAUUUAAUAGCAAUUUGACUCCCGUACAAAAAAAAAAUCCUUGUAAUAUUUUGUCAGUAUUCUCAAAAAAAAAAAAAAAAUCUGAUGAUUUUAUUCCCAUGUAAUUUAACUACUAUCUCAUUCCCAUUAGUUUGAAUUCUGAUUACAAAAAAUACAAAUAUAAGUAAUUUCUUGAGAAUUAUGUCUGACUUCCCCUCUCCCUUGUACAAGAGCAGUCUCAAAAUUGUUACCUUUUUUCACCGUAAUAUGACUUUUUUUUUGUAAUAUCGAAACUUUAUUCAUAAGUAGUAUUCCUUUAAAAAGAAAAAAUAUCACCUUAAUUCUCCUACAGUUAUAAAUAAGGAAUAUUAUGACUAUUCUGGUGAAAUGUCAAGUUUUUCCUUGAAUAACGUGCCAAAAUGCACUGUUGCUAAAAAGAAAAAAAGGCUGGAAAAUUAACAAUGAAACUUGUAUCUGUUAUGACCAAAAAAAUGAAAUGCAUGGUGUAAGAUCUAUUUAUGUUUAAUUGUGCAAUAUUUUUCUCCGGAAAAAAAAAACUUUGGUUGUUGGCCCACUUUAAAACUAUAUUCUUUUAUAUCCAGCAUCUCAAGUUGCUGGUGUUUUUUUAAUUUUAUUUAUGAGCUCAUUUCCUAAAGGAGAUAUCUAUACAUAUUGUACAUUGUUGAGUUUUUUUUUUAACAAGUUUUUUUUCCGAAAUGUAAGGUGUUGGGGCAAAGUAGUGAGUUUCAUUGGGGAUUUCAGUACUGUUUUCAGUCAUGUUGUGUGUGUGUGCGUCUUUCACAUCAGUGUUGAGUUCACUCUCACGGCUACACUGACACGUUCACAUCAUUGUCACACGUUCACAAAGUGCAAGCCUCUGAGCUCAGAACCAUCCAGUUGGGCUUUUAAAGGUGUUCGACCUGAUGUAGAUACUGCAGGAUUUUGGCUUUUCUUUAGAAAAGGUAUGUGCUUGGUAUUUGUAGGUGUUAGACUUUAAAAGAGGGAAAAAAAAGUCCAAUUUAGUGACAGCGUUUUUAGUGAGUGGAUUAGUAAGGCAUGCCAUGUAAAUUAUUUUAUAAUUGUAUAUGUCACGCAUCUUUUGAAUAAAACCUU